AACUAUUCUGCGUUUUGCUGUCUUCUACUCCGCACCGCUUGAGCCAGAUAACUGGUUCAGAUAUAAAUUAACCGAUAAUAUGAAUUUGUGAUAGUGUUUUACAAUAGUGCUUAGUGUUAAAUAAUGUAUCGGGACGUGCUUAAGUUGUGUGUAUUUUUAAAUAUAGUAAUAUGCUGCCAGUCAGCGAAUAUUUUGUACCUGAUGGCGUAUAUUGGGAAAUCACAGUACAUAAUGCUGAAGCCCAUAGGCUUGGAAUUGGCCAGAAGGGGCCACAAUGUCACAGUCAUAACAGUGUUCAAAGAAGCGGAUCCGCCGUCAAAUUACCAUCAAGUUUUAGUUGACGACAAAAUUUGGGAUGCCAUGGGUGGUAAAAGGCCGAGCCAUUUCACUUCAGUAGACCUAUCAGCUGAAGAAAGGCACAACAGAUUCCUCUGGAACGGUGGCCUAACACUUACAGAAGUAGUUUUAAACUCCACACAAGUUAGAGAGUUUUUGUCAGCUGAUCACAAGUUCGAUGUUGUCAUCAGUGAACAGUUUUUUCAAGAAGCGAUGUACAUUCUAGCUCAUAAGUACGAAGCGCCUUUAGUUUUAAUCACAUCAUACGGAAAUUGUAUGCGGCACAACAUUGCUACUAGAAAUCCAUUACAACUAGCCACUGUAGUGUCAGAAUUUUUAGUGGUGCCAGAACCAGGGAGUUUCUUUGGACGACUGAGGAAUUUAUACUUCACAGUAUACGAAUACGUUUGGUGGAGGUUCUGGUAUUUACCAAUGAUGGAUCAACUGGCCACGAAGUACGUGCCAAAUUUAAAAGAGCCAGUGCCAAGUCUGUAUGAAAUACAACAGAAUGUGUCAUUGUUUUUAAUCAACAGCCACUUCAGUUUUGAUCCUCCCACUGCUUAUCUGCCUAAUAUUGUUGAAAUUGGAGGAGUUCAUUUGUCUCCAAGAGUCCCAAAACUUCCUCAGGACCUGCAGAAAAUUUUGGACGAGUCAAUCAAUGGUGUGGUGUACAUGACCUUUGGGUCGAACAUUCAGAGCUCCAUGUUGCCUGAGGAAAAAAGAAAGGCGUUCCUCAAUGUAUUUAGACGACUAAAACAGACUGUAUUGUGGAAAUGGGAAGACGACCUGCUCAUUGAUAAGCCUGAUAACGUCGUAGUAAGAAAAUGGUUGCCGCAGAACGAAGUGCUAGCACAUCCCAACGUAAAGGUGUUCAUAUCUCACGGGGGUUUGAUUGGAACCCAAGAAGCCCUCUACCAUGGCGUUCCCAUAAUAGGCGUGCCCAUAUACGGCGAUCAGUUCAACAAUUUACUGCAAAUACAACACGCAGGCUUAGGAAAACUACUGCAGUUCCAUGACAUCAACGAAUAUACACUUGAAAAGACGCUUAACGAAGUAUUAACCAGUGAAUCCUUCACAGUAAAGGCUAAAGAAAUGUCUAUCAGGUUCAAAGAUAGACCUAUGAGUGCAUUAGACACGGCAAUUUAUUGGAUAAAAUACGUCAUCCGAAAUAAAGGAGCAAAUUACAUGAAGAAUCCAGGUCUAGAAAUGAGCUGGAUAGCAUACAACAUGUUAGAUGUGUAUGCUUUUAUCUUAUUGACUGUACUUUCGUUCAUAUUUGUGACGUUGAAGAUAUUGAGAGUUUUAAAAGGUUUUGUUGAACCCAAAAAAGAUUUUAGAAAUGGAAAAAUAAAGCAAAAUUAGUCA